UUAAUAUGGAAACAAUUAUGAGUCCACGGGAGUCUCUUCUGGAUUGAGAAAUAGGCUGUAGCUGUAGAGAGACUUGUUGCGAAAGACAGAAAAUAGAAAUGGAAUAUUGUUAUUUAGAGCUGUCUUCUGAGAACAACAAAACUCUGUUACUGUCAAGAGUGUCAUCCCAAUCUAUGAAUUCAAUAGCAAGGAAAUCCACAACUGGCAACAUUGCUUCAGACUCUUUCAUUCAGGUUGAAGACUGACGACAACAAAGGAUUACAGAAGACAAUUUUCUUCAUCUUUAGUGAAAAAAGGGGGAACUAUACUUCAAAAACACCAAGCUAAACAACACUAUUUAAGACUUAGAAGCCAGGUCAAGGACCUAGCAGCAAUAGCCUGCUUUUUUAAUUUACAUUUCAGUAUGUUGUUCGUGAAUACCCAGAGCAUUGUAUUAUAAUGCGCAAAUGGAUGCUAAAAUUGAUCCUGCCAACUUUGCUUUCCAGACUGUACUUUCACAUUAUCUUUCUAGUGGGCAGUGUGUCUUUAGCUUGCAAUGAUAUGACUCCAGAGCAACUGGUUGCAAAUCCGAACUGUUCCAGUCCUGAACGGCACACAAGAAGUUAUGACUAUAUGGAGGGAGGGGAUGUACGAGUGAGGAGACUUUUCUGUCGGACACACUGGUACCUGACAAUUGAUGAAAUGGGCAAAAUCGAAGGGACAGGCGAGCAAAACAACAGUUACAGUAUUCUGGAAAUAAGGACUGUCUCAGUUGGAAUUGUGGCAAUCAAAGGGGUAGAAAGUGAAUACUUCCUGGCAAUGAAUAAGUCUGGAAAAUUAUAUGGCAGGAAAACCUGCAAUGAGGACUGCAACUUUAAGGAAGUGAUUCUAGAAAAUAAUUACAAUACAUAUUCCUCUGCAAAGUGGACUCAAAAGGGCAACGACAUGUAUGUUUCCUUGUCAGUCAAAGGUGUAGCGAUGAAAGGCAAAAAGACAAAGAAGGAAAACAAAGCAUCUCAUUUCUUACCUAUGCCAAUAACCUAAUUCCCCCAAGACGACAUUGCUACAGUAUACACGACAUGUUAAUUUCCAGCAACAAAAAAAAAUAUUCUACGCAGUAACAAAUGCCUUUAUAAAGUAAGCUGGGAUAACUACUGAAAAGUGAACAAGCUGGACUUGCAUUUCCGAAGAACUUUUUUUUUUUUCAAAUGACUUUAUAAAAUGUUCGGGAAGACAACACUUUAAUGUUUAUAAAAAAUUUGAUUUUGAAAGUGGCAGAUUAAAAAAAAAAAGAAAAAAAGUUUAACAGAUGAAAGUUGCUUUUUUGCCUAUUUAAGUUGCAUUUAUGACCUGCUAUUCUGGCCACUUUUGAUAUAUGUAACUGGCUAGUGCCUUGAUUAGUUAUUUACAUGGCUGCUAAAGUUAUUCAAAGGGAAGUGAUAUAAAUGUUAUUUAAAUUAUAUACAAUUUUGAGGCUGCUGGAGUAACUAUUGUUGAAUCAACAAAUGGACAGUUAUAAAUAGAGGAACAGUACUUUAAGCUUUGGUUGACUGUCCCUUUACACACAUUACUAAUAUAAAUUUAAAAAAAUAAAUAAACAUUAGCUUAAAAUACAAGGCACUGUAUUGCUAAGAACUUUUUAUUCAAAGCAUUCCGCAAAUCAUGAGGUAAGUUUACAUGUUGCUUUAAAUCUGAUUUUAUCACUCUGCUGUCAUGCAUAAAUUAUGCCAAAGCACACUUUUUGCUCUAACUGGUAAGACAAGUAAGCAAAUGGAGGUAAAUUAAACACAGUAGGGCUUACAUCUGUGCAUGUAUUGUUUAUAUAAAUAGGGUUAUUUUUGUUUGACAUCUGCAUAAACAUUAUAGAUAGCUCAAAUGGGUGUCAUGACUAGAAAAAUUGGACUUGCAUUAUGUAUUAAAUAAGCACAUUUCCCCAUUCCCAUAAUAAAAUCUCCAUUAUCUUGUAGACUUGAUUUUAAUGGCUGUGUAUGACAACAUUAUCAUGCUAGUAAAUUUCGAAUUAAUUUAAAUAGUCCAUUUGUAUUGCAAACUUUUCAUGACAAAGAAAAGCUACAUGCAAAACCUAUUUAGUCAUGCUACAAGGAAAAGUAAGGGCAACGGAGCACUCCGAAAUAGCAUGACAACAUCUUACUUUCAGAUGUAACCUUAGCCACUGCUGGAAAUGCAGUCUCAUACAGUUUACUUCUGAUACAAUGUUGUUUAUCUAAUUAUUAGGAACAUUGCAUUUUCCUUGAUGUUAACAAAACACUUAAUUUUUAUAUACCAUGCUUCUUUAUAAAACUCCAAACUUUAAAAAAAAAAAAAAAAAAAAAAAAAAAAAAAAAAACACAUUAUAGUCUCUAUAGGCCAAUAACAUUAGCAUGUGUUGAAGAUUGUGUUUGAACUUUAUUGUUGUAUGUUAUCUAAGUUGAUGUUAUUUAUAUACAAUUCAUAUUAAGUUAUGUCUGUUUCACAUGUUUUUAUGUCAUGUUUCACAGAAGUCCUUAUAAGCAGGCAUGCAUAGAAGCUUGUACACAAUGCUCUUGCCAGUAAACACAGGAUGGCAGGCAAAAAAUGACAGCCCACACAAAUUCCUACAGUAGAAGGCAAAUAAGGGGCAUAACAACAUGCCAUAUAUACAGUUUCACAUUUUGCCAAAUACAAAUAAUAGUGUUUCACAGAACAGUGCCAACAUAAGUCCCACUCAAGCUUGUCAAACCCACCCAUAAAAAGAAUUGUUUUUGUAAAAUAAGCAUCAUCACCACUGCUAAACUAAUACCAGUGCAGUAAAAUGUUAUUAUCUGAAGAUGCAAUUGUAAAAUUUUUGUUUAAAUAAGAAAUAAAAUAACUAAAUGCUGUUGCAUCUAUGCAAA